CCAAGUUCCGAGCAUGAUUUACUACAGCAAUCGCGUCCUGUGGCGCCUCUUGCUGCACACGCACGGCUCAUCCAUUGCCUCCGCCUCUACGCUUAGUCGCGCAGCCGUCGUUGCGGCAUUAUCAGCUGCAUUAGUGGCCUUGCAGCGCGAAAAACCGACACUGCUACCCGCGGAGACUUUAGAUCAGCUACUGCUCUCUGCGUCGGUCUUCCUGGCGGUCUUACUUGGGCUACGAAUCUUCACAGCACUGGAACAAUGGCAGCGAGGUGUGGCAGACGUUAGCGCCAUUGCAGACGCCGCACGAACGCUUACAACCACCGCUUGUUCGUUUGUGCACUUCUCCCGCAAGGGCGUGGCAGACCGCGCACAGAUUCGCAACAAAUGCCAGUUCAUCCGCGACGUUAAGCGGUACAUUCUGCUGUAUGUAACACUAGUGUUCCAUGAGUGCAACGAGAGUGAUGCCCCGUUGGAGCUGCGCGCGUUGUUGACGCAGAAGGAGGCAGACGAGUUCUCGAGCACCGAAGUACUGACGCUCGGUGAACGCACGUGGAAUAGAGAGCGCAAUGUGGUGGGGUCUUCAAAUAAGAUGCGUGCAGCUGUGGUGGAACUUUGGCUACGACGUACGAUUAACCGCGCGCGAAGGAAAAGCUACGUGACGGUGGAACAGGCUAUGGAACUUAACAAAAUCGUGUCGACACUCCCGCAGAUGUACACGAGGAUCUUCAACUUGUGCAAUGUGCCGAUCGCAUUCAACCUGGCGCAAUGCUUACACGUGUGUUUCGUCGGGUAUUUGCUGCUGAUGGGAGCUGCACUAGCUCCAGUGAUGGGGUUUAUGACGCCUCUGUACGUGGGGAUUGCUGCGGUGCUGCUGUUUGCAUUGGAUAACGUGGCUUCGUCGAUUGAGUGUCCGUUCGGACCCGAUGCGAACGAUGUGGAUCUGGAAGCGCGUAUUUUGUGCAUUCAGGACGAGUUGAAGGUGAUUCUGCAGGCACAUUUCCACUCGGUUGGGCACGUGAACUCGUUUAAGGAGCAAGACCGUAUGGCUUCGCUGUCAUCGCUAUUGUCAGUAGAUGUUGAGACUGUCAGUCGCGGUCGUACGCGGCAUGAAUCGGUAUCUUCUUCAUACUCGUCUAAUGAGCGCCCGUCUCAGUACACCGCCCCGUCUUCAACUUCAGCUACCGAUCGCGCUGUUCUGCUGUCCAUCCAGCCAGAAGCCUACGGAACCAUCGAAGAGGCCGACGACGAGUUAGCCAGCCCGCCGCCAAUGCAUGGGUCGGACGACCACGCCCACAUCGCUGUGUAG